GGAAAAAAGAUCCUCAGUCGGUAUUCGAACCUGCAAUCAUACACGUUGCGAGCACCACCUCUAGCUCUAAGCUACGGUUUGAAUCGAUUUGCAACUUCCUGUACGAGAUCCAGACAAUUCUGAAAAGGUGUCGAGACCAUUCAUUUACCAAACUCCGUCUGCUCAACCAUCAGUUGCAAGAAUGUCUAAUAAAAAACAGAAGCACCGUGUGAAGGCUCAACAACAAAAAGAAGAGUCUGUAAAAAAAAGCUCAUCAGGUGGGAUGUCUCGAAGAAGCUACCACUUUAAAAACGGAAGUAGAGCAUUAAAAGAAAUUAAAUUCCUCCAACGAACUACAAAUCUCUUGAUACCAAAAGCGAGUUUCUGCCGUUUGGUAAAAGAAAUAAUUAAUGAGAUGUCUCACAAUCAGUUCAGAAUUCAAAGCUUAGCCCUAUCAGCACUACAAGAAGCUGUUGAAAUGUACAUAGUCCAAUUCUUUGAAGACUCACUGUUGUGUUCACUUCAUGCUAAACGUGUUACCCUAAUGGUCCAAGAUUGCUGUCUUAUGCGCCGCCUCAGAGGACCAAAUGAAAUUUGUAAUCGAUGAAAUUGUUAGGUAGCCUUAGUUUAAUGUUGUUAUGCUCGUUUUAACCAAACCAGUAUUUGAACUCCUGUUAAACUGUCUAUGAGUAAAUUCCCUUAAUUCAAA